AUGCGUAUUGUAAUUAUUGCAGGACUCGGCAAAAUUUUUACCCCUGUCCCCCCUACUACCGCCAUCACCGUCGCUACCACCACCAUCACUAUCACUAUCACUACUACUACCACCAUCACUACCAUUACUAUCACUAUCACCACCACUAUUAUCACUGUCACUAUCACUACUAUUACCAUUACUAUCACCACUACUAUUACUAUCACUAUUACUAUUACUACUACCCCCACAAAUUUCACCCUCCUUAUUAUUGCUAAUUAG